AUGAUAAUCUAUGAAGUGAAUGCAUCAAGCAGAUGUCUGUUCCAUUGCUGCCUUGUCUUCCAGCCACUACCUCCUCACCUGCCAGAUUCAGAUGAAGAUGCUGAUGAACAAUUUGUUUUUCACAAAGGAGGGCCAGGUCAGCUGGAUUCAAAGUCCAAGUUAGACCGGGAGUGUUUAAGGCAAGCCAAAGAAACUUGGGAUCUGGUUUAUUCUUGGUAUGGCACUGAAAAAGACUGGAAAAUUGAGUGUGGCACAAAUCCCAUUGAUGGCUGUGUACGAGGCAAGAAGUCCAACGGAGGCUACAAAAUAUUCCUCUUGCAGGCUUAUUUGGAUAUAAAUCCACAUGAAUUGUGGGAGGAAUUGGUAUUCAAAGCUCCGGAAAUGCCCAAGUGGAACCCUACAGUGUUAGAAAGCAGGACAAUCCAUCCCCUGACAGACACGUGUGAUAUCUCUUAUUAUGUUGCUGCUGCGGGCGCCAAAGGUCUGGUGAAGAGUCGGGAUUUUGUUGUCGUUCGGAGAUGGGGUAAUCGACGAGGGAUUUACAUGUCAGUUGGAGUAAGCAUCACCUACCCAGGAAUGCCACCAGUGAAGAAACAUGUAAGAGGAGAAAAUGGCCCCGGUGGCGUACUGCUUGCUCCUCUUCCAGGAGAAUCAAAUAAAUGUGAAUUCACUUGGUAUUGCAAUACAAAUCUUAAGGGGAUGUUGCCUCAUAAAUUAGUUGACACAGCUAUGGGAGGAAUGCUGAUGGAUUACCUGAAAUAUUUGCGGUUUCGGGUUGAACAAAUCAACAAGCAACGUGGAAGAUGA